AUGGCGAAUGGAGGAAGAGGUGAUGCUGUCAUUACGAUUGAAGCAGAGAAAACAAAGUGGCUACUUCACCCAUUAGCCGGAAACGAGUCUUGUUGCAUUUUCAGAGUUCCCCGGUGCCUUGCAGAAAUACACCCCAAGACUUACCAGCCUCACAUAGUCUCCAUCGGCCCUUACCACUAUGGAAACCAAGACCUUCAGAUGAUGCAGGAGCACAAACAGAGGUAUCUUCGUGACCUGCUAGCUCGAACACAAUCGACCGGUCCGAAACUUGAUGACUAUCUGCAGGCUGUUGCGUCUAGGGAACAAGACAUAAGAGAUUGCUACUCGGAGAACAUCAAGUUCGGCAGCAGUGAUCUAGUUGCGAUAAUGGUGCUGGACGGUCUCUUCAUUAUCGAACUGUUCUGCAGAGAGUUUGGACUAGUGUCACUACCACAGAGUCAUGGUGACGAUCCGAUCUUUAACUUGGCAUGGGUGAAGCCUAAUCUCAUACGAGAUUUUCUCCGGUUGGAGAACCAAAUCCCUUUCUUUGUUCUUCGAAUCUUGUUUGAGAAAUUCAAAGCAUCAAGAUUAGAUAUAGAGCUGUCACUCUCCAAGCUCGCUUUGCAGUUCAUUAGUUACGCAGUAAGAAGACCAGAAGAAGUCUUGAACCAGCGUUUUAAAGCCAAACAUUUGCUUGAUUUAGUGGGGUUGAGCUUUGCACCUCAACCUCGUAAUCAUCCUUCUCAUCCAACUCAAGACAAGAAGCUGAAACACACUCCUUCCUUGCUCCUAUCAAUCCCACCUGCAAGAACACCUAUCAAAGGCAUCAAGUCGAACGCAUGGGAGGUGGUGAAAAAUUUGCUAGCAGGACUUAAACCGAAAGCAGUGAAGGCAUCAGAAGAAACACCUCUCGAAGGCGAGUCAGUCCAACUGAUCAAAUCAGCAAGAAAGCUAUAUAAGUCUGGAAUUAAGUUCAAGACAGUGGCGGCAACGAGCUUCUUGGACAUCAGAUUUCGCAACGGAGUACUCAAAAUUCCAAACAUAUUAAUAGAUGAUCUUCUUACUGAUUUAUUUCUAUACUUUGUUGCAUUUGAACAGUACCAUUACUGGCAUUGCUCAUCAAGGCACAUAACAAGCUAUGCAGCAUUCAUGAGUUUCUUAAUCCGGACGCCUGAGGAUGCGACAUUUCUGCGCGAUAAAGACAUUAUCGACAACUAUCUUGGAACCGAUGAGGAAGUUUGCAGUUUCUUUAGAAGCUUAGGUAAAGAUGUGACAUUCUAUACUGGUGAAAGCCAUCUAUACGAGUUGUUCAAAGACGUGAACAAGUAUCAGAGAAAUGUUUGGCAUGUGACAUGGGGAGAGUUCAAAUUCAAGUAG